AUGUUUUUGAAGGGACUUUGUAGAGGUGAGGUACUUUCAGCUGUUGGUAAGGAUGCUAAUAACCAAAUGUAUCCUCUAGCCCAGGUUGUUGUACCAGUUGAAAAUCAGGAAAAUUGGAAAUGGAUUUUGGAUCUAUUACUUGAAGACAUUGAUAUGGGACAAGGAGCUGAAUACAGAAAACUUUUCUGGUUUGCUGCCAAGGCCACAACAACCACAAAAUUUGAAGAUAUCAUGAAUGAGAUCAAACUGAUUGUCAGUAAUGCCUAUGAACACCUGAUGGGAAAAAAAAACCCAAACACAUGGUCUAGUGCAUUUUUUAGGGAAGAUAGUGGUAGUGAUGCCAUUGAAAAUGGUGUAUCAGAGUCAUUUAGUGCAACUAUUGUGGAAGCUAGAAAAAAACCAAUAAUAGCAAUGUUGGAAGAUAUUAGAGUGUUUUGGGGAGUAAUUCCAGGUGGUAUUCAUCAAUAUGAGAGUAGAUGGUUGAAUGAGGUGUAUGCAGUUGACUUAGAUAAAAGAACCUGUGGAUGUAGAUCAUGGCAGCUGACAGGUAUACCAUGUGUUCAUGCUAUUUCUGUAAUCUUGUGCUUGAAUGGGAACACAGAGGAGUAUGUAGCAAUUUGGUACACAACACAAAUGUUUGGAAGUUGCUACAGGUAUAAUGUUAAGCCAAUAAAUGGACGUAAAAUGUGGCCAGCAAAAGAUAUGAAUACCAUCUUACCACCAAAGCGUAGAACAAUGCCUGGCAGACCAAAGAUAAACAGGAGGAAAUGCAUUUCAGAAAGAAGUGACAGACACACUGGUCAAGGGAAAGGACGGGGAGAAGGACAGGGACAAGGCCAUGGGGAAGCUGAGGAUGUUGGAGUUGAUUUAGAGGAGGAGGUCGAAGGUGAUUCAGAGGAAGAAGUUGGAGGAGAUUCAGAGGAUGAUUUAGAGGUGCAGGUUGAACAAGUGGUUGAUGAAGAAGUGGUGAAUCCUGGAAACCAGCAUGUGGUUGCUCCAACUUUGAAAAUGAGAAAGUGUGGUCCUUCUCAGAGGAACACAAAACUUAGGUUGAGGAGGAAAGUGGUGACCAAGGAUGAUACAGGGUGA